GGAUUAUUGUUGACGAAAGUGCUUUAUAUAAACAAGAAUUCGAAGUCAAACAAGUAAAGAUUACAAAUACGACUGAUAAUGGGGAGAUUGAUUAUACCACUGGAUAUGAUGUCGUGGAUUCAACAAUUCCACCGUCUACCGUAACAAAAAUUAUUGAUAUGAAACCCAUAGCUGUUUUACAUCUUAACUAUCGUUCUGUAGAUUGGCUGGCAAAAAUAGGAUUUCCUAUGACAAUUUUAAAUAACAAUGUUGUCAUGGAACAACCAAGAGAGAUCAUAGAAAUUGACGUAGAUUCAACAAAAGGAAUCAUGGAUAUCGAUAACAUCAACGUUGACCCGACAACAGAAUUCAUGGAAAUCCUAGACCCAACAAAAGGAAUCAUGAACGACAACGCCAACGUUGACCCGACAACAGAUUUCAAAAUUGAUAAGAAUUCGUGGAAAUCCUAA